CUGUCAUUGGAUUAAUAAUGUCAUGUCACGCUGACGGCUGAACUGACAAAUGACAUUCCGCAACUGUUUUGCUUGUUGUUUGCAUUGUAAUGUUCAAGUUCAAACGAUAAAAAGUGAAUUUUAAUAAGCAAAUAAGUAUUGCAGUCUCCGAAGAAUAAUAAAGAAAAUGGCAGCUUCGGAAAAUCAAGAAGGAAUAAUACAAUAUGUGCCGUUUAUGUCUUUUGUGCACCCAUCUUUCUGGCACAGUCUUACAGAAAUGAAACUCGAUGUUGAUAAAUUGAAUGAGACUACGAAGCAGAUUUGGGGUCGAUUUACCUACCGCAGCUCUAUAGGAGCCGUUUUCGAAGUUGAUGGCACGUCAUUCAAUAAAGUUCCGGAAAAUGAACAAUUAUACACGAAUAUUAAGGGUACAAUAAUGAACAAGAAUACAAUAGAAGAGUUCAAAUCUAUUGAUAAGGCUGCUCUAUUAAACUCAGUCGGAAAAGAACUAUGGGCUAGUCUUCAAGACAAAUCAUGGAUUUCUAAGCCUAGUAGUUUAUUGAAGUUCAUCAUAUUGUCUUUUGCUGAUCUUAAAAAAUUUCAUUACUAUUACUGGUUUGCAUUUCCCGCUCCUAGUCAGCCCACAGUUUAUGUAAAGAACAAGAGUGCCAACAUAACAACACAGUUUGAUACCAACCAAAUAGCUCAAAUUACACAGAGCUACAAAUCUCUAGAAUUGGAACAAAAUGCUUCUUCGCUAUUUAGUGGAGAUAAUCCUGGAUGGCCAUUAAGACUGUUCUUGGCGGCUCUGUUGGAACAUUGUCCGAGUUUAGUUGGGUCUGAGAUUAAAGUCAUAGGUCUGAGAUGUAGUGCAACUGGUGGUGUAGAAAACAGUCAUUCGUUUACUGUCGUGGUACCUAAGGAUGUUAAGGCUGUUGAUGCUGCUGGUUGGGUGGGAUGGGAAAGGAAUGAUAAAGGGAAUUUUGGACCUAAGCUUGCCAAUAUGUCCUCUUCUUUAGAUCCUGUGAUAUUGGCUGACACAGCUUCAGAUCUGAAUAUAAAACUGAUGAAAUGGCGUUUAGUGCCAGAUAUAGAUGUUGAUGUAAUGAAAAGCACAAAAUGUUUGUUACUGGGUGCGGGCACUCUUGGCUGUCAUGUUGCUCGGGAUUUAUUGGCCUGGGGAUUUCGUCACAUAACGUUUAUAGACAAUGGAAAGGUAUCUUAUUCUAACCCAACGCGACAGGUAUUAUUCAGUUUCCAAGACUGCUUAAAUGGUGGAAAAAAGAAAGCUGAGGCGGCCGCUGAUGGCCUGAAAAAUAUACUGCCAACUGCUGUGAGCAAAGGCAUAGCAGCUCACAUACCAAUGCCUGGGCAUCCAGUAGGCGAGUCUUUGAAGGAAGAGACAAUAAACAAUAUCAAAAUAAUUACAGAAGCUAUAGCCGAACAUGAUGUUAUAUUCCUUUUGUUGGAUACUAGAGAGGCACGGUGGCUACCUACGCUUUUAGCUGCUCAUCAUGGAAAGAUAGUCAUCAACGCGGCUCUAGGAUUCGACAGCUACCUAGUUAUGCGGCAUGGUAUAGUUGGUUCACCUCCAGAAGAAUCACCAUCUGUUGGCACCGCUUUCAUACCUGGAAACAGUCUUGGGUGUUACUUCUGUAAUGACGUCACUGCUCCUGGCAAUUCUUUAAAAGAUCGCACAUUAGACCAACAAUGCACGGUGACUCGCCCUGGCGUGGCCGCGAUAGCUGGCGCUCUGGCUGUAGAGAUUCUAGUCGGUUUAUUACAACAUCCUCUGAGAAUAAACGCUCCAGCAGUGUACAAUCUGAACAGCGACACGGAAGACGUACCGCCAGAGAUGCAAGGAGUCCUUGGUCCAAUACCUCAUUCCAUUAGAGGAUUUCUCCAUUCAUACCAAACUGUUGCACCAACAUGUGCCAAGUUCAAACAGUGCAUAGCAUGCUCUGAAACAGUGAUAAACAAGUACAAAGAUGAAGGUAUAACAUUCCUACUGGAUGUAUUCAAUAGUGGUAACUAUUUGGAAGAAGUUACCGGCUUGAAUGAGCUGCAUUUGUCUGCGGAGAUGACUGAUAUACUGACAUUAUCGGAUGAAGAUGAAGAUUAAAUUAAUGUAAUUCCAAGAUAUUAAUGUUUGUAUUUAAAAUCUCUUUUUGUGCUGAAUUAAUUAUGCAUUUAAAUGGAAGUAUUAAGAUUCUGAGCAAGCUUCAUUGUGUCAAAAUUAUAAUUAUUAGUAGAUAAUAUAUGUAUAAAUGAACUAUACAUUCAAAUAUAGCACAAAAGCGCAGCUUUAUAUGUUGUGAUAUUUAUCUAUAGGUGAAUUUAUAAAAUAAAACAGUUUUGAAAACAUCUAAAUUACAUUUAUUUCUACAUAAUUAUGUUAAGGGUGCAUAGACAAGGUGAUAGUUGGUAAGGCCUUUUUCGGUGGGGCACAGAUCUCUUUCACUGGUUUUGGAGGUUUGAUCUUUCUUCCGUGGCGACCGGUUUUUCUUUGCCAUAGACCGGAGCGAGGUCUGUUACCGAGCCAUCUAUUGCGUUGAGGUGAACCGAUAGGUGUGUCUCCAUGGUCUAUGUUUGAAAGACGAC